AUGUGCACAAUCUUCAAAUCUCACAAGUUGUGGGAUAUGGUUGAGAAUGGGUAUGAGAAACCUGUGAAGAAGGAAGAAGGAGAAGCUCUGACUGCAGCUCAAAAGCUUUCUUUGGAAGACAAUGUUGCAAAGGAUGCUAAAGCUUUGCGACUGAUCCAAGGUGCAAUUUCUGACGAAAUCUUUCCCAUAAUUGCAUUGAAAGAGUCAGCCAAGGAAGCAUGGGAGAUCCUGCAACAAGAGUUCAGAGGUGAUAAGAAGGUGAGAUCUGUGAAACUUCAAGCUCUUAGAAGAGAAUUUGAAUACACUCGUAUGCAUGAAGAUGAAUCGUUAUCUGGGUAUGUAACUAAACUGCUUGAGCUGGUGAAUCAAAUGAAGGCUUAUGGUGAAGAGUUAACUGAACAGAGAAUUGUUCAGAAACUCUUGAUUAGUUUAUCCAGAGAAUAUGAUUCUAUUGCUGAAGUUAUAGAGGAAACAAAGGAUACAGAAUCUAUAGGGGUUCAAGAGGUUAUAGGCUCUCUAAAAUCUCAUGAACAAUGGCUGCAAAGGCAUAAUGAGAGAGUGACUGAGAAGGCAUUCUCUAGUUUGAAUGUGAAUUCUAAAGAUCAAUCAAGCACAGGGCAAGCAUGA